CUCCCGCUCUCUGUCCAUUUCUGAUUCUCUUGAGCAUAAAGGUGGAGGAGACGCAGGGCGUGGUGGGACAGGAGGCUCUCCGGUGGAGGACUGAGAGCAGUCUCGAAGCUAGCUAGCUGCGGAGAAGAUGGCUGUAGCGGGGACUUUCAGGCUAGCGUCUGAAAACACAGCGCUGUUCGUCAUGUUCCGACACGGCUAGCUUCCCUCGCUGUUCUUUUAGGAUCCUAAUAAAAUGGGCUCUCAAACUCUCCAAAUCCUGCGACAAGGGGUCUGGGCUUCUAUCACGGGCGGAUGGUAUUACGACCCUCAUCAAAAUACCUUCGUCAAUGCCUUGCACCUAUAUAUCUGGCUCUUCCUGUUAUGUUUCCCCUUUACCCUUUAUAUGGCACUGCCGCCCACCAUGGUCAUCGUGGGGAUAUACUGCGGUGUGAUCGCUGCUGUGUUUGCACUGCUGAAGAUGGUGAACUACCGCCUGCACACGGCGCUCGAUGAGGGCGAGGUGGUCGAGCGGUGGGCCAAAGGCAGCCACGGUCAUGGGGCAGGGGCGGAGCACCAGCGAGACCCCGCCCUCCAGCGACAGGGCAACUCCAAUGGGCCGGGGGAUCCUGGAGGAGGAAUUGAGAUGGCUGACUUCAUACAGGAGGAGACUCCUCCAGUCGACUGCAGCUCACGGAACUCCUACGCAGGGAUGGACUCUAACCACCAGAUUGCAUCCUCUCGUGGGGGUCCAGCCGCAGCCAAAGGUGAUAUUAGGAAGACCUCAGAUGACAUCAGCCUGAGUCUUGCUCAGAGCUGCAGUCAGGACCAAGAUUUGAUGUCGGACCCAAAGAUGUACUGCCUUGUCUCCAAUGACUCCUUCGCGUCCAUGCAGCCUUCCACCUCCUUGGCCCAAGACCUUUAUAGCUCCACCCCCCACCCUUUCAGCCAAUCAUUGUCCUCUUGUGACACCGAGAUUACUGCUCACAUCCCCGCCCACUCCCAGUCCUUCCGGAAAGAGUCCUCGCGCCCUCGCGGCCUCCCCCGCACAUCAAGCUCCGCUGGGUCAGCAUUUCCAGAUCCUUCUGUCCCUGAGUUCAGUCUUUACCCUCCUCCUCGCAGGGGUGGUCUUGACCCUGUGUCUGAGCUUGAGACCUCCAGGCCACAGAGGGCACUAGAGGGUCAGGAGCAGCAGGACUUGGGCGUGCCUUCCCCAUCAGGGGCAGAGUGUUACAGGCCCCACAAAAGAGAGCACCGCAGACUAGCGCGGUCCGUUUCCAGAGAGACGGGGGAGGGGGAGUGUGAGGGAGACGGUGGGUCUGGACUGUACCAAGUGCAGGGAAUGCGUGGGGGGGCGUUGGGUAGAGGCGCGGGGAGGGAGAGGGGGGGAGGAGAGCACAGUGCAGACAGUCUGAGGAGCCUGAGUACACGAAGCACCGGGUCCUCAGAGAGCUACUGCAGCGGGACAGACCGUGACACCAACAGUACUCUGAGCAGCUUGCACAGCGAACAGACCAGCUCCACCCACGUGGAGAGCCUCCUCUCGCUUUCUGGGGACGAGAGGGGAGCAGGAGCACCCGGCGACACACGGAGCGCCAGCCGGGCCUCGGGGGAAGCCAAUAAAAACCCCCACGCCAAUGAACUCAGCCCCAAACCAGCCACCAACGACCCCCUAACCCCCACGAAUGCAUUGCAGACCACCAGCCAGGAAGGGGAGGGGCCUGGGGAAGAGGGUGGGUCUAGUGCAAAUGCCACUGCUGGCCCCGCCCAUCCCCACCAGGAGGCAGCGCGAGAUGUCGUGAAGCCCAAAUCAGCCAAUCCCAUCCACCGUGCCGCUUCCUCCUCUGGCGCCGGCCGGAGCGGGCGCCGCCGGAACGGAAAGAAACGCGCGAGCAGCUUCGACGCUAGCCGUCACCGUGACUAUGCCUGCGUGCGCGGCAUGGCGAAACCUCGCUCGGCCAUGUUCGCCAAAGGAGAGGAGGACUCCAGCGACCAGAGUGAGCUGAGCCACACCUCUAGCCUCCUCUCCACCCACCAGCUCAGCACCGACUCCUCCUCCAGCACCUCACACUCCUGCCGGUCCCCCACCGACGCCUGCUACGGCCUGCUGCGGGCCAGAGCAGCGGGUACCCGGCUGCGCACCGGCGAGAAGGACCGGGAGCGGGGCAAGAGGCGAGCGUCACGCCGCCCAGCCAGCUCCGGCAGUGCCAAGACCCACGCCCGCGUGCUCAGUCUGGACAGCAGCACCACCGCCUGCCUUAAUGACCCCCACCGCCUGGGGGCACCGGCGGGCCCCGGUCCCCUCACCACCUCCAAGUCAGACCUGGAGGCCAAGGAGGGUGAGGUGCUGGACGCGGCGUCGCUGCUGGGAAGGGCGUCGCAGCUGGAGUCUGUCACACGCUCCAGAAACAGCCUUCCCUGUCCCGUCGCCCUCGGCGAAGCCCAUGAGGCUGCUUCCACUUCCUCUAAAGUGGCACCAGGCGGUGAGGAUACGGUGACGUUUCGGCGGGAGCGGAGCACCUUCCGACGGCAGGCUGUCCGGAGGCGGCACAAUGCGGGCAGCAACCCCACCCCCCCCACGUCUCUCAUCGGUUCCCCCCUCAGUCUGCAGGAGGCUCUGAACCAGGCCUCCCAGGCCUCCGGGUCCCAGGUGCGAGGGCAGCCCUCCCGAACACCGUCCCAGGUGACGGUGCUCAGCGCUAGCACCUCUCUGCUGGUCAGGAAUGGAAGUGUGCAUCUGGAGGGCUCACAAGACAAGGCCUCCACCGUAGGCUUGGCCAGCCUACAGGAAGACUUCGGGAAGCUCAGCUCGCCUCUGUACGAAGUCGGGGGAUGCGACGUGUCUCUCGUCAACUUUGAGCCGGCCACCAGACGGGCCUCCAACAACAUCUGGGACACUGACUCGCACCUCUCUAGUUCUACCUCAGUUCGCUUCUACCCUCAUGACUUGUUCUCCUUUCCUCAGAUCCGGCUGAAUCGUUUGCUGUCGAUGGACCCGGAACUGCUGGAGCCGCAGGACGCUGACGGCAGUCCCGACCUGCAGGGGGUGCCACAGGGCCCCCAGAACGCAACACACCAGCACAGUCACGCCACCCCGCACAAAGCCAAGCAGUACUACCGCCUCUGGCUACUGCCGCACCUGUGGGUCGGCCUGCGCUUCGACAGGCUCACGCUGCUCGCCCUCUUUGACAGGAACCGGGAGGUUCUGGAGAAUGUUCUGGCUGUGGUGCUGGCUGUGCUAGUGGCCUUCCUGGGUUCUGUGCUGCUUGUUCACAACUUCUUCACAGACAUCUGGGUCUUUCAGUUCUGCCUCGUAAUCGCCAGCUGCCAGUAUUCACUACUGAAAAGUGUUCAGCCAGACUCCUCCUCUCCACGACAUGGCCAUAACCGGAUCAUAGCCUACAGUAGGCCCGUGUAUUUCUGCCUGUGCUGUGUUCUGAUCUGGCUCUUCCAUUACGGCAGCAUGAGGUCCAACUCCUCCAGGAUCACGCUGUAUGGGGUGACUGUCACCAGCUCGUUGCUGCUCACCUCUGCACGGGACCUCGUCAUUGUCUUCACUCUGUGUUUUCCUCUCAUCUUCUUCGCGGGACUCCUUCCUCAGGUCAACACCUUCCUCAUGUACCUGUUUGAACAGCUCGACAUCCACGUCUUUGGAGGAAACGCAUGCACCAGUCUGCUCUCAGCGCUCUACAGUGUGCUGCGUAGCAUGGUCACCGUGGCGAUGCUGUACGGCCUCUGCUACGGAGCCCUGCAGGAAUCAUGGGAUCCUCAGCAUAUCCCUGUCCUGUUCUCAGUCUUCUGUGGACUGCUGGUUGCUGUUUCUUACCACCUCAGCCGACAGAGCAGUGACCCUUCCGUUCUCAUUUCCCUGGUCCAGUCGAAGGUCUUCCCCAACGUGAAGGAGCAGAACCCUGAGGACCCACUGGCUGAGGUGCAGGACCCUCUCCCAGAAAAACUGCGCAACUCCGUGAAUGAGCGACUCCAGUCUGACCUGAUCGUGUGUGUGCUUAUCGCUGUGCUAUACUUCGCCAUUCACGUCAGUACGGUCUUCCUCGCGCUACAGCCCUUCCUGAGCUAUGUCCUCUACGGACUGGUUGGUACGGUGGGGCUCCUCACCCAUUACUUGUUGCCCCAGAUGCGGAAGCAGCUGCCCUGGUACUGCUUCUCUCACCCACUGCUCAAAACCAAAGAGUUCUACCAGUUCGAGGUCCGCGAUGCUGCUCACGUGAUGUGGUUUGAGCGCGUCCAUGUCUGGCUGCUGUUCGUGGAGAAGAACGUGCUGUACCCGCUGGUGGUGUUGAAUGUGAUGAGUGGCAGCGCUCAAGAGCUUGCCAGCUCCAAGAAGCUCAACGCCGAAAUAGCCGCUCUGCUCAUUGCCGUGGCUGGGCUAAAGCUGCUUCGCUCCUCCUUCAGCAGUCCGACGUAUCAGUACGUCACCGUGCUCUUUACUGUCCUCUUCUUCACCUUUGACUACCGCCAGCUCUCCGAGACGCUGCUGCUCGACCUCUUCGUCACGUCUAUUGUCUUCAGCAAGUUGUGGGAGCUGCUGUACAAGCUGCACUUUGUCUACACCUACAUGGCUCCGUGGCAGAUCACAUGGGGCUCUGCCUUCCAUGCCUUCGCCCAACCCUUUGCUGUGCCUCACUCCGCCAUGCUGUUUGUGCAGGCCAUCGUGUCCGCCGUUUUCUCCACUCCUCUCAACCCGUUCCUGGGCAGCGCCAUCUUCAUCACAUCCUACGUGCGACCUGUCAAAUUCUGGGAGAGAGACUACAAUACAAAGCGUGUGGAUCACUCCAACACCAGACUGGCCUCUCAGCUGGACAGAAACCCAGGAUCAGAUGACAACAACCUGAACUCUAUCUUCUAUGAGCACCUGACACGCUCGCUGCAGUACUCUCUGUGCGGGGACCUGCUGCUGGGUCGCUGGGGCAACUACGGCACGGGCGACUGCUUCAUCCUGGCCUCGGACUACCUCAACGCCCUCGUGCACCUCGUGGAGAUUGGCAAUGGCCUCGUCACCUUCCAGCUGAGAGGCCUGGAGUUCAGAGGCACCUACUGCCAGCAGCGGGAGGUGGAGGCCAUCACGGAGGGCGUGGAGGAAGACGAGGGUUGCUGCUGCUGCGAGCCCGGCCACGUGCCCCACCUGCUCUCCUUCAACACCGCCUUCGGCCAGCGCUGGCUCGCCUGGGAGGUGCUCGUAACCAAGUACGUGCUGGAGGGCUACAGCAUCACCGACAACAGCGCCGCCUCCAUGCUGCAGGUGUUCGACCUGAGACGCAUCCUCACCACCUACUACGUCAAGGGUAUUAUAUAUUACGUGAUUGCGUCUCCUAAGCUGGACGAGUGGCUUGCAAAUGAGACCAUGCAGGAGGGUCUGCAGGGUUGUGGGGAGCGCAACUACGUUGACCUUGACCCAACCUUUAACCCCAACAUCGACGAAGACUAUGAUCACAGGUUGGCUGGUAUCUCCAGAGACAGCUUCUGUUUGGUCUACCUCAGCUGGAUACAGUACUGCAACUCUCGACGACAGAAGCCAUUGGACUGUGAGAAAGACUCACCAUUGGUGUUGCUGUGUUAUGGGCUUUGUGUGUUGGGCAGGAGAGCACUGGGCACUGCAGCGCACCACAUGUCCAGUAAUCUGGAAUCGUUCCUGUAUGGCCUACAUGCCCUGUUUAAGGGAGAUUUCCGGAUCUCUUCUGUGAGGGAUGAGUGGAUCUUCGCUGACAUGGAGCUUCUCAGGAAAGUGGUUGUACCCGGAAUACGCAUGUCGCUCAAACUGCACCAGGAUCACUUCACAUCUCCGGACGAAUACGAGGACCACAGCGUGCUGUUCGAGGCGAUCUCCACCCACGAGCAGACGCUGGUCAUCGCUCACGAGGGCGACCCGGCCUGGCGCAGCGCGGUGCUGUCCGGUUCACCCUCGUUGCUGGCCCUCCGCCACGUUAUGGACGAGGGCACCGACGAGUACAAAAUCAUCAUGCUCAACCGCAGAUACCUCAGCUUCAGAGUCAUCAAGGUGAAUAGAGAGUGUGUGCGUGGCCUGUGGGCGGGCCAGCAGCAGGAGCUGGUGUUUCUGCGGAACAGGAACCCAGAGCGCGGAAGCAUCCAGAACGCCAAGCAGGCGCUCCGCAACAUGAUCAACUCGUCCUGCGAUCAGCCAAUCGGAUACCCCAUUUACGUGUCACCCCUGACAACCUCCUACUGCAACAGCCACGCCCAGCUCGGCCGCAUCCUGGGAGGCUCCAUCAGCAUCGCCAGCAUCCGUGACUUCAUCGUCAACACCUGGCACAGGCUACGUAAAGGUUGCGGGGCAGGCUGUAACAGCGGCGGGAACAUUGAAGAGUGUGAUGGUGGCGCUGUAACAUGCGGCAGCAGGACCAGCGGGCAUUCUGGGACCACGGGCUCGGCACCGAGCGAAUCUCAGCACGGCACGGUGUGGCAGGCUAGAGCUGGCGGCCCCGCCCCCCAGAACGCAUACACGCCUCACUCACUGGGCACUAGUCAGAGCUCUCAGUCAGUUCAGUCGGCCCUGGCGCGUCACUCCCCUGCGCGCGCCUCCAGCCACUCAUCCUCGUUCCGCCACAGCAGCAGCCGUCACUCGUCUCUGCGCACCUCCGCCACAGGCCUGGAGCCCUGCCGCCGCUCCUCCAGCAGCCAGCUCUCGCUGCGCACGCUGCCCACCUCCCUGCAGCUCCGCCUGGCCGCUGGCCCCGCCCCCGAGCCCGCCCCCGCCGGCUCCGCCUCCGGCCACCCCAUCCCACCGUGCAAGCGCCACGCCCUCGCUGGCCUGCUCGGCACCGAGGGCGGCGUCCCGGGGGUGGAGCAUCACCACCCGCUGCACCCUCUCUACCCCCACAACCCCGUCGUUGCCUGCAUUCGGAGGGACGACAUCUCCUACAGGGUGCAGAUAGUGGACGUGAGUCAGGUGCUGGACACCAUUAACCUGUCCAAGCGGAAGGAGCUGGUAUGGCCAGACGAGUCGUUUCGGCUGCGGGCCGGACGGAGCUGCUGGAGGGACUGGAGCCCCCUAGAGGGCAUGGAGGGACAUGUGAUUCACCGGUGGGUGCCUUGCAGUCGUGAUCCUGUCAGUCGCUCCCACAUGGAUAAGACCAUCCUGCUGGUUCAGGUGGAAGACAAACUGGUUCCAAUCUUAGAGACUGGAGUGACUGACCUGGGGGCAGAGGUGUGAAAAUGCACACACUCGUACUCCUUCAGGCCAGGCGACGUAGUUUGCAUAUAUGCAGAGGAUGGGUGACGCACCCCUUUUCAAGAUGCCGAUGGGGGAACAGAAAGCCAGAGGAAAAUAGCAAAAAACACAAGCACGUGCGUACACACACACACACACACACACACACACACACACCCACUGUGCUGAAGCACACAGGCAUCAUCUCAGGCAGAAUCCUGCCUUGCUCUGCAUUGCUCAGAUAUGCUGCAUGACAGAACAGCCCUGUUAAACCUGUUUUCUGUUUGGCUUUUUUUAUUUGUUAUUUACUUUUUAAAAUGUAUUUAUUUUUUGAGCAAUGCUGAGUUUUGUUGGAGGGGUUUUAUAUGUUUGAUUUCUAUGCAUCCCAUCAGGACUUUGGGUUUCUUCAAGCAGAUCACACAUCCCCUGCCCGAACAGUUCUAGCACACACACACACAGGCACAAACCACACACAAUGAACUCUGUCCUGGCCUUCAGAUAGCGAGAGGUCAGGGGGUGGGGGUGGGGGGAACCACUUGGUUUUUGUUUUUUAUGAUGACACUCUUCAUUUUCUAAUCUUUUUGCCAAAUAUGGCCUGGAGCACUGGGAUGCCCAUGACCUCAUUUCCACAACCAUGCGAGAGAUGUGAUUUGGUGUUUUGAUUUAUUAUUGAUGAGGACAACCGAGAAGGUGACGUCAGGUUGGCAGUGGACCGCACAUUCAGCUUAAAACAGCUUGGCUUUGUCGUUCAUCUGCAAUCCAUUGUCAUUCUGGUUGUGUUUUGUCAGACAUUGGUUAAAAAAAAAAUACAAUGAGGAUAAAGAGAGACACAGAUUGCACUAUGCGUUUCUUUUUGUAUUAUGUGUUGUGGUUUUUUUGUUUUUAUUUUACAGCGAUGCACUACAAUCUCUAGAUUAUAAUGCAUUUUUAUUUAUUAUACAGAAUCUAAAUCGCCAUGCCUUGUGAAUGAAAAAUGCAAUCAUUGUGGGGUUUUUUUCUUCUAGCUUUCUACUUUAACUUGAAGGCAGAAAUGGUUUUUAUUGAAUAUAGUUAUAUAUGAAAAUAUAUUAUGUCACUGUAAAAAAGUUUUGCUUUAAAUAUUUAUUACUGUGGUUAUUCUAUUUACAUUUUGUUAUAUAUUUUUCAUUUAUGGGACAAAAAAAGGUUAUAUAAGUGUAUCAAGGACCAUCGGUUAAAAUGGAGCCGAGCUUCUAAUGGACUGUUUCGCUGCCUAACAUAAAAUCUUUUAUAAGAUGGAAAAAUAAAAACGUUUUUAAUGCUGA